GCAGUGCAUGGCGACUGCCACAGCGCUCUGGCAAUCGCUUCGCGUGUGCCCGGUCGGUCAGGAGCCCAAGCAGGAGCCUGCAUGUGAGGCUAACAGUUCGCGGUGGAGCAAGGUGUGUCGGGGUGACGCAGGCCAGUCAACGGCCUUUGCUCCAGUCGGCAUACAGAUUCGCCAGACGCCCGUGCUUCGCGCCACCAUGCUGGCGGCCUGGCGGGCACCCCCCUGCAGCCGGACAGUCAGGGUUUGGCACGCGUGACCCCGCGGUCCAGCAGCUCCAAACCUUGGACCGACCGAAGAGACUAAAAUGUGCACGGCAGAGCGAGCUUGCGUGGGUUGCUCUUGCGCGUCCUUUAUUUAUUGCAAGUGCACAUACGGCACGGCAACCAAGGCUAUUACCGCGGCAGCUGGGCAAUACCCGGCCAACUAAGCGAUGGCUCUUCCAACGCUGGCUGCGCCCCGGCGACUGCUACUGCUUUCCCUGCUGUGCUUGGGGGCUGGCUUUCCUAGCACGCAGAAGCAAGGUACCAGGCUACUCCAAUUCGGACUUCCACUAGCAGCCGCUAGCAGCAGCCGCAAGCCGCCUGCUGCGCGUGCCGCAGUGGCCGUGUCGGCUUCGCCCCCGCCCGCAUCUGACUCGGCAGCAGCAGGUUCUGCGGGCACGGACGGUGGCAAUAGCAACCCCGGGCCUGAUGCUGUCUCUUCGCAGCAAGAUCCGCAGCAGCAGUCCAGCAAUGGAGGCUCGGGCGCCGGUGGUGCGGCAGGGCCGGAUACCGCAGCAGGUGCGGGGACCCAAGCCGCCGGCUCCGGUUCAAGGGCACAGACAACCCCGGUGGCGGCGUCGAGCAGGCAGGAGUGUGCGGACGUGCCUGUGACGUCAACGCAGCUGGAGCUUGCAGGCAUGGCGCAGGUCAUCGUGACGGGUGUGGUGCUAGCUGCGGGUGCUGGUGCGGGACACUGCUACCCCAACGGCACCCUCGUGCCCAUGCCCGACGAUGGCAGUAGCAGCACUGGCGCAAGCAGCAGUAGCAGCACUCCCACCAGCUACAUCCUGCUGGGGCUCCAGUGCGUGCACAAGGGUCUGGUGCGGUGCCGGCAGCACGAGGGCGACGGCGGCGACUGCCUCAUCCUUGUAGAGGCGCCGGUACUGCCCGACUCACAGCCGUGCGCGCUCACGGGCGCCCAGCGCUACAUGUUCUUCCUGCAGCCUGCUGACCCGGCGUCGGGCGACCAGCAGCAGCAGGCCGCCGGGUCUUCCAGCUCCAGCUCCGGCUCCGGCCCACAGCAGUGCCCGGGGCUGUACUACGCACAGUUCCAACGCGCCUACCACACCAUCCGGCGGCCGCUGGGCGGCACCGGCUGCGCCUUCUACCCGGCCUUUCCCCCGCCCGGAGACAUGGUGCAUCAGCUGGGCGGCGUGUGCCAGGGCUCUGAGGCGCGCUGCACACUGGACCGCUGCGACCCCGCCGUGACGCGCUCGCCCUGCGCCAAUGACACGGCGGCUGUGUGCGACCUCAAGACGUGCGCGGGCAAAUUCAUGUACUUCAACGCCAUCUUCCCCGACGAGACCUGCUACGAGAUGUACUCCUACGUCACCUCCGGCCUGCCAGUCAACUGUUACGGCCAGCGCUACAUCAACAACCGCAUCCGGGAGAUCGAGCUGCAGCAGGCCCUGGCCAACGCCACCGCGGCGGGCAGGGCAGGAGCGGACGCGGCUGGUGGGGCGGGUGGGGCUGCGGGCGGAGGAGGAGGCGCGGGAGCAGGCCAGGGCGGGCAAGGAGCCGCCGCCAGCGAUUACUAUGGCGGUAGUGGCGGGGCAUAGAAUCGCAGCAACGAGAACGCAACCGAGGCGCAGGUGGAAGGGUCCGGUUGCAAAAAACGUUGCGAGGUUGUGAGAGGAAUGGUAGGUGCAUGGCCGUGGGUGUGUCGCACUGGCCGUGGCAAGUUGCGGGACGGGCAGCCGAUGACGCAGCGCGUGGCAGCUAGGGCUUAACUAGACCCCCC